UUACCAUAAAUAUACAUGUUCUCUCAAAAAAGAAAAGCAUGCCUUUAGUUUCAUUUGGUUAUUUAUUCAAAAUGUGCGAAGAGAAGAAGAGAACUGUCAAAACUGGGAAACGUUAUUAAUUAGUUCUUUUAAAUUUCUUGGGAGGGAAAAUUUUUCUGGAUAUAAUACUGAUAAAUUUCAAUAUAACUUAGCACUAAAAUGGCCGCAAUUCCUUCAGGAAACAUUUCCACGUAACUUCUAAAAAGGUAAUCUUAGGAGAUACAUGGCGAUUUCAGGACCUGUGUAGGCGUUUCUUUUCACCGAUAAAAUGUUUUGUUAUCGAAAAAAAACUUUAAUCAUAUUAAGAUUAUUCUCAAGCAAAGAUAAUGUUUUAGAUAAGGAGUAACGUAGGCAUUUUUUUCUUUUCGAUUUUGUUUAUUAAUACAAUUUGUUCCAACGUCAAAUUGUAUGACGUAAGACCGUCUAAACGUCUCAACUAUCUUUUGCUUUCUGUCACAGUGAAGUCUAGAUUCUCAAUUUUGUAGUAUUCGCACAGGGAUUUAUUGCCGCUUUAUACAAAGCAAAUGAAUCAAUUUAACAUUUUCUUAUUCGAUUUACAGCGCUCAAUUUUUAAGUUCCCAGCGCCAUCUUGAAAGGCAGCCUGGCCUUUGCAUCAAAGCGAGGCAGUCGUUGAGCCUUCAUUAAAAAUGGAUGCUUUGCUGUACAAAAUGGCGUCGCUAAGUGCAAACGCUUAAAGCGUGAAAAAGUCUUAACUCAAUAGUGUUAAAUAGAGCAACAUAGUGUAGAUUCUGCGUAAAGAAAUACUGAAGGAUCCUAUAUAACGUGUUACGUAGAGAUUUUACGUAGGGUUUUACGUAAAGAUCCUGCGUAAAGAAAUACGUAAGGAUCCUAUAUAACGUGUUACGUAAAGAUUAUAAGUAGUGUUUUACGUAAAGAUCCUGCGUAGAUCCUAUACGUAGAGACUUGAUAUACCCAUGAGAUACGCUUUAUUACGCUAUAUUUUGCAUAUUUUUCUUUGCACUUUCGGGUCGUUGCACCACGCUAGCACAACAGUAGAUCGGAGCUCUAUCAGGUUAAGUCUAUAAUCUAGUAUUGGAAUCGUGUUUAAUUCAGUUACUCGUUACAUACAUUACUAAAGUUACAGCCCUGGGGGAUCUCAUCAAUACAAGUUUAAAUUAAUAUUUAAGUCAACGUCUUGACUUGUACACCCUUUCACUGACAUGCCUAUUGCAAAAAUAUCAUUUGAAUUGGCAAAUUAGAGGAAGCAAGAUAUCAGUUGCCAUGCGACAAAGCACGACCAGUAAAACCUAUAAGUGCACUACAGUAAGGAGGAAUAGAUCGACGUUUUUGCGUGGAUUUAACAACGAGGGAUUUCUGUGUCAAGAAUUGAAUAAUCGAUCGACAAAAAGAAAGAAUUGAACUUCUGAAGCAAGAGAAUAAGCGGGAAUUCAAACUAAAACGUCAGAAUUAUAUCUGGUGGAKCUCCAAGGCUAAAAGGCUAAAACUGACCACUAUCUGUGAUAUAUAAAGAAGGUUUUAGAGCAGUCAAUGAGUCACUAAGGACUAGACUUCCUUGAUCCGUUUGCUUUCUAUGCAGAUUCGACGUAAAUAUCACGAAAAAAUGACUUCAAUKUUCGCUCUACUCKCGCUUGCCAUCUUAUGUAAUCUUCCUUACUAUUGCCAAAGCAACCAAAACAUCACACCAAACARAACUCUAGUGAAUAUCGUUCUUAUUGUCUCUAAUGCUCCCGAUCUCGACAACUAUGGUUAUUAUCGUGCCUUGGUCUUAGCCAAGUCAAGAAUUGAAAACAAUACAAAGUUUAAAUAUUUCAACGACAGAUACAAAAUAAAGUUGACAAAGAGAAACGAUCUUAAUUCCGUACCCUUUACUAUUGAUCACGUGUAUAAAACAGCUUUCUUAGAUAGCAACAAGCCGAUGGCUUUUAUUGGUCCUAUGAACUCAGAGCUUGUAACUUACGCUUCCGCAACUCUGGACUUGUACAAAUGGCUAUUUGUCACUGCCGCACCAAAAAUAGAUAACUAUAAGAAAAAUAGCGCCAUUUUAAGCUCUUCRACAGGAAUAGACCAAGAACUAAAAGCAAGAAUGAGACUUUUAGAAAAGUUCAAAUGGAAAAGAGUUGCCUUCGUAUACUCAGUAGACACUAAUUAUGCAAUAAAGUACGUUGACGCGAUGCUUGACGAGUUCAACCCUCGUGGUUUUCAGUUAAUUGGGCGAGCAGGCAUAGAAGUACGAAAAAGUCAACUCCAGUACAACCUGGCUGUUCUCAGAACGAAAYUGCAAGAAUUCAAGAAAAAUGAUACCAAGAUAUUUGUUGCUGAGAUAGGGCCAUAUGAAGCUUUGAUUCUGUUCUGUGAGGUUCAUAAGUUAAAYAUGUAUGGAGACGAUAUCGUCUGGAUUAUUAGCUCAAACGCUAAAUUGCUAGAAACAUGGAUCACUUACAAUAGAACUAUCCAUCAAGUCAUUACGUGCUCCAAGGAGGAUUUGCAAAAUGUUAUCAACGGAUCAUUCAUAUUUCAACGAGAACUAUUAAGGAGAGACGACGUCCGAACRGACAGCGGCCUGACUCGACACGAAUAUAUGGACAAGAUAGUUAGCAUGUAUAACAUAACAAAUGGAACGAAAUAUGUAACAGACAGGACCAAGCUGAUGGUAUCGUCUUUAGCUUUUGAUGCGUUUUGGGCCAUUAUUACUGCAUUGAACAAUUCAAUUGAUACAUUAGACGCUAAAAAUUAUAGCAUGAGUAUGGAAGAUACUCGUGAUGUUAGAAAACUCAGAACGAUUCAAGAGACUUUAAUGGAACAGAUG